AUGACCAGCUCGACCAUCCGCGCGCUCCCGAGCCGCCUCGUCUCCCGCUCUCUCCCCUCAUCUCGGACAUACUCCACCCUCCCCUCUUCCCUCUCCACACCCCUCCCCCGCCAGCCUACUGUCUCAAGAAGGCAAGCACUACCAUCAAACAGGCGCAAUGCAUCCUUUGCAGUCCCAAAUCACGGCCUGGACUCGGUCCCUUCACCUGGAGAAGCGACGGGUACUCCAGCGGUCGGGGGCAGUAAGGGCAAAGUAUGGGACAGCGUGGAUGAGGCAGUCAAGGACGUGAAGAGCGGAGACAUUGUUUUGUCAGCUGGCUUCGGACUGUGCGGUACCGCCGAAACCAUUAUCUCCGCCCUGCACCGCCGUUCCGACCUGAAGGAUAUGACCGGUGUCUCCAACAACGCCGGAGAUGGAAUAUACGGUCUCGCUCCUCUGACCAAGAACGGCGCCAUCUCCAAGAUGAUCCUCAGUUACGUCGGGACCAACAAGAACCUGCAGGACGCGUAUCUGGCGGGCAAGAUCUCUCUGGAGCUCAGUCCGCAGGGGACUAUUGCGGAGCGUCUGCGGUCUGCGGCGGCUGGUAUGCCGGGUUUCUACACGCGGACAGGAGCGGGCACCCUCGUCGAAAGCGGCGGUAUCCCCCAACGUUGGUCACCCAAAGACUCGUCUGGCAAGCAGACGGUCGUCACCGAGGGCGCCAAGAAGGAGUCUGCCGAGUUCAACGGUGACCGCUUCAUCUUUGAACCGGCAAUCCACGGAGACGUCGCCAUUCUUCGCGCCUGGAAAGCCGACAAAGCCGGGAACUGCGUAUUCCGGUACACCACCCGCGCGUUCGCUGGACUCUGCGCCCGCGCUGCCAAGCUCAGUAUCGUUGAGGCGGAGAAUAUCGUCGAGAUUGGCGAAAUCAAGCCGAUGGACAUUGAUCUUCCCGGGAUCUACAUUGACCGGAUCGUGCAGGCGACGGAGGAGAAGAAGAUUGAGUUUGUGACGAUGAAGGAGGAGGGGCAUGAGGCGGGCAAGGAGCAGGUGCCUGCCCACAAGGACGCAGCGAGGAUGAGGCGGGAGAAGAUUGCGAAGCGGGCGGCGCUGGAGUUGAAGGAUGGGUACUAUUGCAACCUAGGAGUGGGGAUGCCGGUGCUGGCGGCGAGCUUCUUGCCGGAGGGAGUGAAUGUGUGGCUGCAGAGUGAGAACGGGAUCUUGGGGAUGGGACCAUAUCCGACCAAAGAGCAGGUGGACGCUGAUAUCAUCAACGCCGGCAAAGAGACCGUCACCCUCGUCCCCGGUGCAUCCGUCUUCGACUCGUCCGAAUCCUUCGGUAUGAUCCGCGGCGGCCACGUCGACGUCUCCAUCCUCGGCGCCAUGGAAGUCUCCUCCUACGGCGAUCUCGCCAAUUUUAUGAUCCCCGGAAAGCUCGUCAAGGGCAUGGGCGGCGCCAUGGACCUCGUCUCCAACCCCGACAACACUCAGGUCAUCGUCGUCACCGACCACUUGGACAAGUACGGCAAACCCAAGGUCGUCCAGGAGUGCGACCUGCCCAAGACGGGCGUGCGGUGCGUCAGCCGGAUCAUCACGGACCUGGCGGUGUUUGACGUCAAGCGGAAAGAAAAGGAGGGUGGGCUGGUCUUGAUUGAGAUUGCGGAGGGGAUUGAGCUGGAGGAAUUGAGGGAGAAGACGGGAGCCAAGUUUGAGGUGGCGAAGGAUCUAAAGCGAUUUUAG